GAUCGUCAGCGUCAUCAUGCCUGAACCCGCCAAGUCCGCGCCCAAGAAAGGCUCCAAGAAGGCCGUCACAAAGACCGCCGGUAAAGGAGGAAAGAAGCGCAGAAAGAGCAGGAAGGAGAGCUACGCUAUCUACGUCUACAAAGUCCUGAAGCAGGUUCAUCCCGACACCGGGAUCUCUUCCAAGGCGAUGGGGAUCAUGAACUCUUUCGUCAACGACAUCUUCGAGCGCAUCGCCGGUGAAGCGUCUCGUCUCGCUCACUACAACAAGCGCUCCACCAUCACUUCCAGAGAGAUCCAGACCGCCGUGCGUCUGCUGCUGCCCGGGGAGCUGGCCAAACACGCCGUGUCUGAGGGCACCAAGGCCGUGACCAAGUACACCAGCUCCAAGUAGAGCAGCCCAGACCCACAAACCACAAAGGCUCUUUUAAGAGCCACCCAACUACUCCGCUAAAGAGCUUCUGAUGUGUGGCGAACUAAUUUGUAUAAAUAACAAAACCAAUUUAAAUGAGACUUCUAUUAUUGUGUUUGUAGAAAUAAUAAUAAUGCAGUAGACCU